AAAUCUGAAUUUAUUCUGCCUAAUUUCGUCUCUUUUGCUUUGUGUUUCGACCGGCCAUGGAUGCUCAAGAGUCGACAAUUUUAAAAGUGAAGAGCAAAUUGGACUCCGAUUCGCUUGACGUUGACAAGGUCGGUGGGAAUAUGUUACAAAAUUUGCCUUCUAGUUUCGUAGAAGUGUUGCACUGUUUACAUUCGGGUGUACUCUAUUUGGGAUUUUAAAUCAUCGGGAUUGGGAAACUUUUAUUUAAUUUGUUCGUAAAUUGUGUUGUCAUUGUAAUUUUUCAUCACUAAGUGUUCAAAAUGUGUACGAUGUGGUUAGAUUUGAUAGCAUUUUAUAUGUGAAAGCUGGAUUUUAGUUCAAACGUUGUUUAUAUAUAUCACAAGAAAAUGUUGCAUUUAUUUUUACAUUGAUAACCCAAUAAAAUUAUAUAUGUUGUUUGUGCAAAUGGUUAUUGCCUAGCAAAUAUCUUUUAUUUAUUUAUAUGCUAUUAUAUAAAAUGCCAUCAAGACUAUCUAGCUUGUGACAUAUAUCUUCCCAUAUUUCUCUUAUUAACAUAUUAAGAUGCAAUGUGUUCUGAAGCAUCUUUAAUAAGCCUGGUUUCCAUAUGGUCGUAACGGUUGUAAAGAUUGAGUUACAACCUUUCUUAUAAUAGUUUUUUUUACCUGUAAACCACUGGUAAUUACCACAUAUAAAUCAUACGUAUUUCAGCUAGCUGUUGAGAAAGAUUGUGACUCAAUCUUUGCAACCUUUAAUUUAUGACUACAUGGAAACCGUACCAUGGUUUUACUGUGUUAUAUCUUCUGUUGAGCAUUAAUAGCAGCCGUGUAGUAGUAUCCCACGUACCGCAAAAGUAGCAUCGCCUAAAUUAUUAACAAAUGUUUUUAUACACGUUAAGAACAUCAAGGGUGGGUAGUAGCGAAGUAGUUGUAGUUCGCUACUGUAGCAAACUACAAUUUUCAAGUAGCCAGUAGUUUUUGACUACUUUUUUAAAACAGUAGUUGUAGUCAUAGCAAACUACAUUUUGCCUAGAAAUAGCCAAGUAGUUGACUAUAUACUUUUCAAACAGCGAAUCGCUAUUCGCUACUUUUUAAAAUUGUUAGCAACCGUUCGUAGAAUGUAAUGAUAUUAAGACACGGUUUGCUUAAAAGAUUAUUUUAUACAGUAAAGAUUAUAUUUUAGCGCAUUGAAAAGUGGCACUCCUGAACACUGUAGUGCUUACAAAAAUGUUUCUUUGACCCUUUUUGUUUACUGUUGCUACUCGUAAGUCGAUUUGUUAUAGGUUAAAUUACAGCCUGAGCCCAAAUAUCGUAAAACUAAAAAAUAUACACAUCGCUACAUUUUUUAAGCAGUAGCUGUAUUCAGUAGCGAACUACUUUUGUUCAAAAGUAGCAGUAGUUGUAGCAGACUACAUAUUUUGAAGUAGCUGUAGUUAUAGCGAACUACAAAAAUUUUGUAGUCAACCCACCCUUGAUGAACAUGCUAGACCUAAUAACCCUAUAACCAAUGUCUCAAACCACAAGGGUGGCAGGGUGGGAACUACCACACUUGGUGCAAAAGACAAAAGAUGCUAAAUCUCAAGCAACAUGCCCAUAUAAGGGCGUAGCACCUCACCCUGGGCCCCCAGGGUGAGAAAUCAGUUUAUCGCUUCUUUCAUACUUCAGCCAGCGAGAAACUAUAAUUCAUUUUCUAUUUUCAGAUUUUAAAGUAUCUAAGAGCCUUAGAUGAAAUUGUUAUUGGUUUUGAAAUACUUAAGGUGGGUUUAAAAUUUAUGCUUCAUAUAUAUAUAUGUUUUAUUCAGUAGCGUAGCCAGCCAGACAAUUUAGUCCCGCUAUGCAAAUAUUUUUGUGUUCAUAGGUUGUGAAAACAAUCAAUUUCUAAAGAAAUGAAUAAUGAUAAUAAUUUUGAAUUUGCAUAACGGGACUAAAUUGUCAGGCUGGCUACGCCACUGGUUUUAUUAUGUAUAUAUUAAGUUUGUUUAGUAGAAGUCGAUUGAGGCAUUGACACUACUGUAGCUUGCAAAUGUUUUUUUAAAUGUGAACUUUCAUCUUGAGCGUCAAACAGGUCAGGCUAGCACGAGGCUAGCAAAAAAGUAAUUCUGAUGACCUUGACCCUACCCUAGACCCAGUCCCUCAGCAGUGUGUGAGAAAAACAUUUUUGCCUCUUUCGUUCCUCAGAAAGUAACAAUUACAGGUAAUUGCCACAAGAAACCCUUGACCUUGUGCCUUCUUCAUACCAGGUGAUCUCGUGUUCGUAUUUUAGCCAAUCAGCGCUCAGAAAGGGUUGUCCGAAUAGAAAUCCAUUUCGAUGUAUUCAGUCAAGUAUAUCUUUCGUUAUUCUUUAUGAAACUACUUGAAAUUUUGUAAUUGUGUUUGGUUAUGAGAACUAUAGCUCUGACAAAAAUAUGGAAUCGAAAUAAACUAUAUUACACUCGAGAUAUUCAGUUGUUUUAAUCAUAAAAUGGAUUUCUAUUUGACAACUAGUGCCAGCACUUUUCCGCGUAUCAAGAUCAUCUGCUAGUAUCACUAUAGGCAUUUAAAUUGACUCUCUUUCAGUCAACUGGCAUAGGAAAAACUGUCAACAAUUUAAGGAAGAAAGGGGGAAGUAUUGCUCUCUUAUCGAAAGCUUUGGUGAAGAAAUGGAAAGGUUUAGUUCCUGUAGAAAGUGAUAGUCCGGUAAAGAAGAGCUCACCAUUAAACUCAUUAAAGUCAGAUUUCAAAACAGAAGGUUGCAAUGUCUCGACAACUCCACCAAAGCGUUCACAAAAUACUCCAAAGAAGGAGACCAAGGGUAUAAAGCACAAAGAGAAACUGGUUGAUGAGAAGUCAGAUAUUCAAGAAAAUAAAGCUGUGAAAAAACAACAUAAGGUAACCAAGGUUAAUGUUAGAUAAAACUGACGAAAUAAGGAUCAAGACACCUUCAAAAACUCUAUCUUCAUUAAUAUAUACCUAAGUUUCCAAUUCAAAAUUGAACCCGCAAUUAAAAGGUUCUACAUAGCAUUGAGUUGAUUGUCUAAGUCAUUGUUGCCUAAAUCUCAUUUUCCACUAGGUGAAUUUGUUCACACGAAGCGAAAAACAAAUCUUGGCAAUGUGAUUGGUCAGCGAAAAAAUUCGCCGCGAAAAAGUUGGAUCAGUUCCUACUUUUCAAGUUCCGAAAAAAUUUGCCUAGUGGAAAAUGGGCUUAAUGCGUUGCAUUGCAUGGCAUUGGAUUGCGUUUGUUUGCGUUGCGCGCUGUUAAGUACGUUGCGUUAUGUUUAGUUGUGUUGCGUUACGUUGUGUUGCGUUGCGUUGUGCUUCGUUUCGAACGCCGUGCUUCGUAAUUCGUAAUGUAAGCAAGGAUCUAAUUCCAUGCCUAAAUCUAUCUCUCCCUAAUAAAGGCUUCAUCAACCAUGCAACUCUGUGAUCUGGGCUUUGUGUCAAAAGCUCCAGCGCAUAGUCCAAGAAAAAAACUAAAGACCAAACAUUCGACAGUGGUACCCAGACCUCCCAGUCCAACCUUACCAAGCGCGGAAGAGAUUGGCAUCUCAUUAUUGCCAGACAUACAACCUAAUUAUAUUCCACAACCCAGACACCCGGACUAUCUUGACGAUUCGCCGCGAAAACGAAAAGGUAUUAAGUUUUUAUUAAAGUCGUUUGAAAUACCGAAGAACCGGGAUGCUAGCUGAGUUGUUUAACAAAUAGGCAGCAUUACCCUGCUUCACUUGGUUGGUUUCCAUGAAAGCGGAGAAUGAGCGUGGGGAAUGCCGAAAUGAUGUCUGCAGGGGUUUGCAGAGUAGACUAGGAGGAAAUCUGAUGGGCUAGGAGGAAAUCAGGGAGACCUGUUGUGUUUGGUAGAGUGAAACUGGAAGCACUCUUCUCACGUGUGACUGAUGUAAAAUUAUAAUCAGACAACUGUAUAUAUAUUGCCAGAAUAAUGAAACCCCAGUCCUAGAAGUGAAACACAUGCCCUUAAACUACUGUGACACGAACAUAAUGGCGAAGGCAUAGCUAACUUGCCUCCAUUUAUUUUAAGCACCUUCAACAGAUAUUCCAGCUAAUUUGCUCUCGUCAAGAAAAUCAAAAACUCAAGUAUUUUCAGGAAAGAGGUCCGCAAAUCGAUCCGGAGGUCAGUAUGAUUAUGUUGCAUUGACGCAAUUUACCUUAUCAACACCAAAUCAUUUUUCAAUUUUCUUUGCAAUCUUAUUUUCUUUUAUUGCCAUUUUUGUUUCAGUGGUCAUAUCCUUGCACGAGAUUUGCAUCAAGAUUUUAAUUGAAAACAUAGAAGGUAUGUGCUAAUAAACUCCGUAGAACUCCCUUUUCAAAUGGCAGAACUUGGUUUUCAAAUGCCCGAAGUACCUUUUCAAACGCCAGAACUCCGUUUUCAAACGCCAGAACUCCGUUUUCAAACGCCAGAACUCCGUUUACAAAUGCCAGAACUCCCUUUUCAAAUGGCAGAACUUGGUUUUCAAAUGCCAGAAUUCCAUUUUCAAAUGGCAGAACUUGAUUUUCAAAUGCCUGAACUACCUUUUCAAACGCCAGAAUUACCUUUUCAAACGCCAUAACUCCCUUUUCAAAUGCCAGAACUUGGUUUUCAAAUGCCAGAAGUACUUUUUCAAACGCCAGAACUCGAUCCCUUUACAAAAACUUUGGGUCGUUUGAACCUCCUGAAUUUGUUAUUUUGUGAAAUAUUUCUCUAUUUUUCUUUUAGCUCUUUUCGACACUGGUGGAGUUCCUUUUGAUAUUUUGGAACCCGUUCUUGCAAAGUGAGAAGCAGUCAAUUUACUAGUAUAUAGAUUUCCCCCAUUAUCGUUUACGCUGCAUAGAUAAAUCUAUAAAAACUUUGCCAUUUUUAGAUGUACUCCAGCUCAACUGUGGAAUUUGGAAGAGUAUAAUCCAGUUAGUUUGCUUUCAUUUCUUUCUUGACUACCGGUAGUUGUUCACUAUUUACUAUAGGAUAGCUCUAUCACCAAGCUUGACUCAUAAAGUAAUCGAAUCCUGUUUCUGCUUGUAGUAUUUUACAGAGGACACAGGACCUCUAUGGAAGAUUCAUUGUCAACGCGACUUUAAGGAAACAUCAACCAUGAAUCAUGAUGAAUGGCGAACGUUAUAUUUGGUUAGUCAUUGUGCUUCUGUCAGGCUACUCAAAACAGUCAAUAUUGAUCUAAUAGUUUUUAAAAUACGUUGUAUUUUCCAGUGCACACGCGCGCCAUGGGAUAUUGCAUAUUUUUAUUUGAUUUUUUCCACAUUUUCACAGGAAAAACACGAAGAGCGGGAUAAGAAAUUAAAGUCGAUUGACGCAAAAAUAAAAGCUUCUCAAGCGGCCAAACAACAGGGUUCGUUAUUUCUAACUUUAUUUCUAACGUGCGAAGUUUGCUCCUGUAGUAACACUGGAUGAAGAAGAGAUAAUCCUUACUAGACCUCAGGAAAGACUAUCCAGUAUAAUUAAAGUUAGUUUAGUUUAGGUUUCCUCCUGUAGUAACACUGGAUCAAGAAGAGAUGAUCUUUACUGGACCUCUAGGAAGAACACUUUAGAACUGAUAGAGCCAUCCAGUAUAAAUAAAGUUAGUUUAGUUUGGGUUUCCUUCUGUAGAAACACUGGAUCAAUAAGAGAUGACUCUUACUGCACCUCUAGGAAGAACACUUUAGAAUUGAUAGAGCCAUCCAGUGUAAAUAAAGUUAGUUUAGUUUAGGUUUCCUUCUGUAGAAACACUGGAUCAAUAAGAGAUGACUCUUACGAGACCUCUAGCCAUAAAGCACUCCUGUUCGUGUUUUAAAUAGUACUCAGUUUAGUAAAAGUAUAAUUAUGAAAAUUGUUUCAGUUCGUCAAGUGAAACUGGCGUACGUGCACACGCAAGCAAAAGCUCCACCUCAGGUUCGACGGAAACAGGUGAAGCAUGGGACGGGACGUGGUUUUGUGAUUGCUCCUCCAUCCACCAUUCGUCCCGCCAGAAUAUCCUCUACGUCAGCAAUGACGUCAUCAAUGUCGUCGUCAUCGUCAAGAGUGCCUGUCGUAUCACCUAGGAAAUCAAGUAUGUGGAUGCUUUGUUUGUUUGUUUGUUUGUUUGUUUGUUUGUUUGUUUGUUUGUUUGUUUGUUUGUUUGUUUGUUUGUUUGUUUGUUUGUUUGUUUGUUUGUUUGUUUGUUUGUUUGUUUGUUUCAGUUGCUCGCUUGUUUGUUUGUUUGUUUGUUUGUUUGUUUGUUUGUUUGUUUGUUUGUUUGUUUGUUUGUUUGUUUGUUUGUUUGUUUGUUUGUUUGUUUGUUUGUUUGUUUGUUUGUUUGUUUGUUUGUUUGUUUGUGGGUUAUUUUUAGUUUGUUUCGGGUUAUUUUUAGUUUGUUUCGGGUUUGUUUUGUUUUGAAUUUGUUUUGUUUUGCUCUUCUUUGUUUUGCUUUGCCAUUAUUUCGUCUCGCCAAUAACGCACGACUGUCUUUUGUUUUCAGAAAAAACGACAGCUUUAAUGAAGAAGGUUAAACAAAUGGGAAAAUUAAACAGGUAACUGAUAUGCAUUGUUCUGUUGUCAGCUUGCAUAUCUUUUGUAUUAUCCGGCAUAAUUUCUUUAGGAGGUACAACGCGUGUAAAUGAGGCAAACGUUUUAAUUCUAGAUCAAGAGCAAAUUCGUCAAUUAUUCGGUGAAGACGACCCGCGCUUUUCUGAAGGAUAGUGGUUAUGUGAGUAUGAGAAAAGAUCAAAUCCUCUAUUUUUAAUAUGUUUUAAAUUUGUAAUAGCCAUAUCAAUUUACUCACUUGCCCCCAGUGGUGCCGGGGGAUUGCGCGAGGCCCGGGGCGCAGGUUUCCCAGGGGCUCCUAUGACGGUGUAAAACAGGAGAAACGGUGUUUUAGAAUAUAUUGGACUUUAUUGCAUAUCCUCCGUUACUGUAGGAUUUAUAUUCUCUCGGGUAAACGAUCCUGUGUGAAGUAGUUUUAACUUAGGCUAUGUUUACACUUUACCGGAUUUGGUUUCCAAAACUCCGCUUCCAAAUACCAAAAGUCUGUUUUCAAAUGCCAAGACUCAGUUUUCGAAUGCCAGAAGUCCGUUUUCAAAUGCCAAAAAUCAGUUUUCAAAUGCCAGAAUUCCCUUUUCUAAUACCAAAACUCAGUUUUCAAAUGCCCGAACUCUAUUUUCAAAUGCCACAACUUCCUUUUCAAAAGCCACAACUUCCUUUUCAAAUGCCAAAACUGAGUUUUCAAAAGCCAAAACUCUGUUUCCAAAUGCCAAAACUACUUUUAUUUUCAAAAGCCAGAACUCGCUUUUCAAAUGCCAAAACAGUUACCUGUAUACCCAAUCAUACUAAAUAUGAAACACAUGUGCAUCAAAAUUGCCUUUCAUUUCAUUUCAAAAUUGCUUUACUGGUAUUAACUUUACAAUGAGUCAUUUUAUCGUUUUCACAUUUCAAAGGCAGAGUCUUUCACAUUUCUUGACCAGGCGUCCCGAUUUUGUUCGUUGUACGUCGUUGUUUAUUUCCUUCAAUAAUCCCUUGUUUCGUUUCUCUGAAUUCCUUGUUAUUUUUGCGCCUAUUCCUCCUUUUAAUGACGACGUCACGUUUUUCUUUCCUCCAGCCGCGUGGAACUGGGUCGAGAGGCACGCCGAGGAUCUUGUGAGCUGUAGAGGACAAACAUGGAUAAGAGUGGAUUGUAUAAUGUACAGUUGUGGAUAUUAGAUGAAGUGUGUUUAGAGGAUGUUUCGGUAAAGAUGGUGGUCAACCUUAGAAAGGCUGAUGCUUAUAGGAGUAAGAAAAUUAAACUACAAAUUUGCCUCCAAAUACAAGACAGUACUACAUAUAAUGAAAAUAAUGAACAUUAUUUUCCCGCUCUGAUAACUGCAGGUUGCCCACUAUCUGUUGCACGAUAGAGAGUUUGAGCAAGGAACGAAGUCGUACGACGACGACGUGGUUGACAAUUUUUGCCUGUCUUGCACACUACCUUGCGCAUUCUCAGUCUAUGAUCAGGGGUUAAGCAGAUUAGAGAUUCAUGUCUAGCUGUUUAUGAAUGCUGACCCAAAUCCUUACCUUGAUCAGGACAAAACAGCGAGACAUGAAUCCAUAUCCCGUCUUCGUUCUUCUGCCUUCGUUCACAACGAAUAUUUUGGUAAAAUUCGUUGUGAACUUCGUUCCGAACGAAGGCAGAAGGACAAAGACGGGAUAUAGUUUCAUGUCUCGCUGUUUUUUUUCUGGGUCAGGGCAAGAAUUAGGGUCAGUAUUCAUAAACAGCGACACAUGGGAAGACACGUUGAGCAACAACCAGUGACGUCCAACUCGGUAUGCGCAAGAUAAUGUGCAGACGGCAAAAAUUGUCAAGUACGCCUUCGUCUUCGUACUUCGUUGUCUUGCGCAAACUCUCUGAUAGUGCUUAGUGAAAUACGAAAUGCAUUCUGCUUCUUCGAUAGACGAAGUAAAUUGUACCAUGUUUUUACCAUUUGAGAAUCCAGUGAAUGAAAUGUAAAUAGAUAAGUCAAUGAAAAAGUGACUAUUAAAACAAAAGUAAUAUUUUU